GUCAGCAAAAACAAAAAUCAAUGGAGGAUUUGACACCGUUGGCCAACCUUCAACAGAUCGCGGAAAACGCAACACGUAAACCGAAAAAGAUGUCAGAACGACAACCAUUACUUCAGCAAAGCGACGCCUCCGAUUACGAGGGAAGUGGACGCAGUAAUGCAUUGCGUCCGGUGAGCAGUUCACCGCCAGAUAGCACACUUGUCAAUGUGCAAAGUGAGGAUAGCAUAGCAGUUCAUUCCGGAGUGGCCGAUGAGGAGAGCCAUGACAGCAGUCAAGGCAGUGGCAGUGAUGCUGGCAAAUCGAUGUACAAUCCCACAAAUCACCGCGAACUCGAGCAUCCCACAUCGAAUUUUGACACAUUGGUGCACCUGCUAAAGGGCAACAUUGGCACCGGAAUUCUAGCUAUGCCACACGCCUUUAAGAACGCGGGACUUUAUGUGGGCCUUGUGGGUACUCUGAUUAUGGGCGCCAUUUGUACACAUUGUAUGCACAUGCUGGUCAAGAGCUCCCACGAGCUGUGCCGACGAUUACAAUUGCCAGCCUUGGACUUUCCGGGUGUGGCCUGCAGCAGCUUCGACACGGGUCCAUUGGGCUUGAGACGUUACUCACAUUUGGCUAGACGCAUAGUGACCAUAUUUUUGUUUAUAACGCAAAUUGGUUUCUGUUGUGUUUACUUUCUGUUUGUGGCCCUCAACAUUAAGGAUGUAAUGGAUCACUAUUAUGUGAUGAAUAAGUACAUCUAUUUGCUAAUUAUGCUAGUGCCCAUGGUGCUUCUGAAUCUGGUGCGAAAUCUCAAGUACCUGACACCUGUCUCAUUGAUUGCCUCAGUGCUGACAGUUGCCGGUUUGGCUAUAACAUUCUCAUAUUUGUUGCACGAUCUACCUGAUACGAGUUCGGUAAAGCCUGUGGCUUCCUGGGCCACUUUGCCUCUAUAUUUCGGGACAGCGGUUUACGCAUUUGAGGGUAUUGGUGUUGUGUUGCCAUUGGAGAACAAUAUGCGUACACCACAAGAUUUUGGUGGCACUACUGGUGUGCUUAAUACGGGCAUGGUUAUCGUGGCCUGUCUAUAUACAGCAGUUGGUUUCUUUGGUUAUCUCAAAUACGGGGAUAUGGUUAAAGGCAGCAUCACUCUGAAUCUGCCCCAGGACGAUAUUCUCUCCCAAUUGGUGAAGAUCAGCAUGGCGGUGGCCAUAUUCUUCUCCUAUACCCUGCAGUUCUAUGUGCCCGUCAAUAUAGUGGAACCCUUUGUGCGUGAUCAAUUUGAGACUCGACAAGCCAAAGAACUAGCAGCCACCAUAUUGCGAAUCGUCCUAGUUACAUUCACCUUUGUAUUGGCCGCCUGCAUUCCCAAUUUGGCGGAUAUAAUCUCUUUAGUGGGAGCCGUUAGCAGUUCCGCCUUGGCUCUUAUAGCACCACCCAUAAUUGAGAUGAUCACCUUCUAUAAUGUUGGCUAUGGUCGUUAUAAUUCAUUGCUAUGGAAAGAUUUUGCCAUUUUGGCAUUCGGUGUUUGUGGCUUUGUGUUUGGCACUUGGGCGAGUUUGUCGGAGAUUUUUAAUCCUAGUACAAUCUAAAUUUAUCUUAAUUUUGAGAUGAUGAAAACGUGUGCGAAUUUACGACAAAGGCUUUACGUAGUUUUAACUAGCAACAACUCUACGAUUACGAUUAAUUUCCAAUUUUGGUGCUUACCAAAACUUGCGUUGUGUUCUAUUUAUUAGCAUAUAAUAUUUUAAUCACUCGUUUUUAUUAGUAGCUUCUUCGACUCAGACAAUAACUAGCGUGAGUUAAGACGAGUGAGUGUUUCUUUUUUUUUUUUUGAUUUUGCUUUUGUUUUAUAUUGUUGAUUUAAUUUGUUAUGUGUAUUUAGCUCAAGGAUCGCACAAUUCCAAAAGUGAUUUUGCAUAGUAUUCUUAUAAACAUUAUUGUUUAGAUUUUUAUGUGAUGAUAAACUUGAUUGAUAACAAUGUUUUUAUUAAGUGUUUGAUUAACAAGUUCUCAUUGUCGGAAAUCAAAAAUAGAUUUUUAGUAGCAUAAUUUAACUGAUUUAUUGUUCGCGUAUAAAAUCCCAAAAAUGUACAUACAUAUAUAUAUAUAUAUACAUACAUAGAAAGAAAAAUACUUAUAUAUCUAUUCAAUAUGUAUUUAUUUAUUUGGUCAGUCGAUAUUUGACCUAUCGCAACAAUGUUCUUGAGAAUCUUUAAACAAUAACAAAAGACAAUAAUAUAUAUACAUUACAUAAUGUUUAUAAAAA